AUGCCCAGCAGAGCAAGGAGAUGUUGGGGAAAAGGAAGUGGAGUGAUCAAAGCAAGAACAGACUCAACUAGAAAAAUAAAAGGCCAAGCACAGGAAUUCGUAUUGGGUGAAUGCUGGUUCGAGAAGAACGUGUGCUUUAGGUGUGGUAGGCCCGGACACAUCGUUCUCAACUGUCCAGAGCCUCCAAAGAAGAAGGAUGAUGAUCAAGACCAAAAUAAGAAAGGAAAGGCCCGAGUUUUCGUACUGAAUCAGCAUGAGGCGGAGCAGGAUCAGAAUGUGAUAGCAGGUAUUCUGUUAUUAUCCAAUGUGCCUGCUUACGUACUUUUUGAUUCUGGGGCUACCAAUUCUUUUAUAUCUGCAUCCUUCGUCGCUAGGUCCAACUUUGCAUGUGUUAGAACGAAUAAUGAAUUAGAGGUUAGCAUCCCGUUAGGAAAAACUCUUUGCACAUACCAGAUGACUAAAUCUAUGAAGUUGGAGAUUGAUGGAAAAAUAUUGGAAGCAGACUUAUACCUCUUGGAAACGAAUGAUUUCGAUGCUAUUUUAGGCAUGGAUUGGUUGGGACUUAAUCAUGCAACCAUUCGAUGUCACGAAAAAGAAGUGCGAUUUCAUAGACCAGGAGAGGAAGAAUUCCAUUUCUUUGGAGCAAAGUUCAAGUCCCUACCUCGUCUUAUAUCAGCUAUACAAGCCCAGAAGAUAUUGAGAAAGGAGUCAUGCCAGGGAUUCUUG